GUGGCUGAGAACCAGGCGUGCAAUGACCCCACCCCUGGGAGGGCGCAGGCGGAUGCUGGCCCAGCCCCGAGAUGGUCCCAGGAGCCCUGGCAGCACAAAGAAGACGGAGUUCAGCACCAUGUCGUGGAUUCCUGUCCUGCUGGCACUGUUCACCCACUGGGCAGGUGAGAACACCCCAGAGCUAACAACCCCUGGCCCCAUCCCCUGCCCUCUUCUGCCUUGAUGCUCAGGUGCUUCUCUGUCCCCAGGCUGUGUCUCUCAGCCCAUGCUGAACCAGCCACCAUUUGUGUCCUCGCCCCUUGGAACAACAAUCCGUCUGGCCUGCACCUUGAGCAGAGACUACGAUGUCAGGAUUUAUAACAUCUACUGGUACCAGCAGAGGCCCGGCCACCCUCCAAGAUUCUUGCUGAGAUAUUUCUCCCACUCAGACCACAGCCAGGGCUUCAAGAUUCCCCCUCGCUUCUCUGGAUCCAAAGAUGUGGCCAAGAACACGGGCUAUUUGAGCAUCUCUGGGCUGCAGCCUGAGGAUGAGGCUAUGUAUUACUGUUCUCUGGGAUUCCAGGUCUUGGAUAAAGAAAGGGAGAUGAGGGGAGAGAGAAGGGAAGAAAAGGAGCCUGCUGUUUUGGGGUCCCCAGCACCCCCAGACACACGUUGAACUAGAGACCAAAGGGCACACUUCCUCAGAAAGAGGCGAGUGUGGGCAAGGAGGGUGGGCUAUGGGCUUCACAGAGCAAAGGAGAAAGCCGCUCAGCUUCUUCCUGUCCGGAAACUUGCUU